CAGCGGCGCCCGGUGGUUCGAGCCCCCGGUCACAGUGGAAGUUGUCUCCGCCGAGAGAAGCGCAGGAAGCGGGUUCGGAACUUGCCACGUUCCGCUGCUUCACACCGGAGCCAUGAGGCGGAAGGAGAAGCGGCUGCUGCAGUUCACCGGGCUGCUGGUGGCGGCUCUGCUCUUCUUCCCCAACGUGGGGCUGUGGUCCCUGUACCGGGACCGAGUGUUCGACAACUCGGCCGACACGCCGGACGCUCCCGGAGGAUUCCCCCCGAUACAGGGCGUCAACCGGGUGGUGAAGGAUGCUCAGGUGGGACGUGACGGCGAGCGGAGGAAAGACUGGCACGACUACGAAGCCAUCAAAAGAGACGCCUCCCGCUCCGGUAAUGGAGAACAGGGGAGGGCGUUCCCCCUCACAGACUCUGACCGGGUGGACCAGGCCUACAGAGAGAAUGGGUUCAACAUCUACGUCAGUGACCGGAUCUCCCUGAACCGCUCCGUGCCCGACAUCCGGCAUCCGAACUGCAAACAGAAGCUGUAUGCAGAGAAGCUUUCCAACACCAGCAUCAUCAUCCCGUUCCACAACGAGGGCUGGUCCUCGCUCCUGAGGACGGUUCACAGCAUCCUGAACCGCUCGCCUCCACACCUCAUCGCCGAGAUCAUCCUGGUGGACGACUUCAGCGACAAAGAGCACCUGAAGUCGGCGCUGGAGGAGUACAUGGUGCGGCUGCCGAAGGUUCGGAUCAUGAGGACCAAGAAGAGGGAGGGGCUGAUCCGGACCCGGCUGCUGGGAGCCGCUGCCGCUAAAGGAGAAGUCAUCACGUUCCUGGACUCUCACUGUGAGGCCAACGUCAACUGGCUGCCUCCGCUGCUGGACCGAAUCGCCAAGAACAGGAAGACCAUCGUGUGCCCGAUGAUCGACGUCAUCGACCACGACAACUUCGGCUACGAGACGCAGGCGGGCGACGCCAUGCGAGGAGCCUUCGACUGGGAGAUGUACUACAAACGCAUCCCCAUCCCCGCCAAGCUGCAGAAUGACGACCCCAGUGAACCCUUCGAGUCUCCAGUGAUGGCAGGCGGACUCUUCGCUGUGAACACAAAGUGGUUCUGGGAACUGGGAGGAUACGACACGGGUCUGGAGAUCUGGGGAGGAGAACAGUACGAGAUCUCAUUCAAGGUGUGGAUGUGUGGUGGACGGAUGGAGGACAUCCCCUGCUCCAGGGUGGGACACAUCUACAGGAAGUACGUCCCCUACAAGGUUCCUGGAGGAGUCAGUCUUGCCAAGAACCUGAAGCGCGUGGCCGAGGUGUGGAUGGACGAAUACGCCGAGUACAUCUACCAGCGCCGGCCCGAGUACCGCCACCUGUCGGCCGGGGACAUGACGGUGCAGAAGGACCUGAGGAACCGGCUCAACUGCAAGAACUUCAAGUGGUUCAUGAGCGAGGUGGCGUGGGACCUGCCCAAGCACUACCCACCGGUGGAGCCCCCUGCUGCUGCCUGGGGGGAGAUCCGUAACGUGGGCAGUGAUAUGUGUAUGGAGAGUAAACACUUUGUGUCAGGGAGCCCCGUCCGUCUGGAGACCUGCAUCAAGGGACGGGGGGAGGUGAGCUGGAGCCACGGACAGGUGUUCACGUUCGGCUGGAGGGAGGACAUCCGGGUGGGCGACCCCAUGCACACGAAGAAGGUCUGCUUCGACGCCGUGUCCCACAACAGCCCCGUCACCCUGUACGACUGCCACGGCAUGAAGGGCAACCAGCUGUGGCGCUACAGGAAGGACAAGAGUCUGUAUCACUCCGUCAGUAACGGCUGCAUCGACAGCAGCCCCACCGAGCGGCGCGUCUUCAUGAACACGUGCGACUCGUCCUCGCCGAGCCAGCAGUGGAUAUUUGAGAAAACCAACGCCACCAUGCUGGAGCAAUUCAACCAGGGCGCCAACUGAGGCGCUGCGGCGUCCGAGAGAAAAGGAACAUGUGACGCACGGAGACGCCGCUCUGCUGCUGCUGCUGGGAAAAGGGAUUUUACGUUUCCUCUGGUUUCCUUCUUUACCUGGCGCUGAGGUUACAGCUGUUUCUGUUCGGGGCGCCUGGAACGAGGCAGGCUGGGAAACUGUCGUGGGGGGGGGGGGUUAAACACAUCAGUUAGAGGAAAGACUGAGUUGAGCUCUGAUCAAUGCGUUUGUGUAUCAAAGUGACUUUGUGCGUUUGUUGUGUGACAGCGGCGCCGUGGCCCCGGCUCGGUCCACUUCCUGAUUUUGCUGUUGAUUAGUGGUUUCACAUUCCUCUCCUCUCUCUUCUGUUUCUCUCUUCCUCCAGCGCCCCUCCCUCCGUUUCCUCUCCCCUGGUUCUCACCUCUGUCUUUGAGACUUCAUCCUCUGUGUCCACGUCUGUCCCCCGUCCCGUCUCCACCGAUCUGCCUCAGCCGGCACCUCCGUCUCUCUCUGCCUGCAGGACUGCACCUUUGCCCAUUGUCUCCUUUGUCCUCUCACAUCCCCUCAUGUCUCUGCAGCUCUGACAACCUCCCUGGGGGGGGGGGCAGCAAAGUCAUGGUGACACCUGGGUGAAGGGUAGAACCACUCUGACCCCCCCACCCCCUCCCCCCUCCCUCCUCCUUCUCCUCCGGUCUGUUUGGGUAGAUGCUGCUUUGAACGUAGCAGGUGGAAGUUAACCCAAAAAUAGGGAAGUAACUUCCUCCUCCUCCUCCUCCUCCUCCUGCUCCUCUUCCUCCUCCUUCCUCGCUGUAUGUAUCGAUGAGUCGUCCCCUUGUCACUGUGUCACUUUUACCCCCCCCCGUGGUGAACGCUCAUCUUAUCACAGGUUUUAUGCAAGAGGACCAUUAGUGGCGAAGGGUUGUUUGUUGUUGUGGUUGUGAUGUGUGUGUGUGGGGGGGGGUUAGGAGCUGCUGUCACACCUAUCCAGCCACGCGACAGGACGGGUCAGCUGGUUCACAGUGGGGCCGCCCGAUUGGUCGGUUGCCGAGCUGACGCGUCACUUUAGUGAACAGAGAGACGGGCGGUCGGGCUGUAAAAUGCAUAAAGCACUUGUCAUGAUAAACUUGAAUGAAAUCUUAGUGCCUUGUUGGAAGUGGACUCGUGAGUGUGUGUUUGUUUCUGUGAGUGUGUGUCUGUGUGCGUCAGGGUGUGUGUGUGUGUGUGUGUGUCCAGAGAAGCGUAGGGAACAAUUCACUCCAGAAGUGACUUUUCCUCUGAGCUGGAGUCUUUGUCCAGCGUCGUCUCCUCCGGGACCUGAAGGCACCUCCGACUCUUUCUGAAUACGUGUCACUUCCUGUCUGUCGUUCUUUCUCCUGCCUUGGACUACAGCCCUGAGAAGACCUCUGUGUUACUUCAAUCAUGAUGCUGUGUUUGCUUCUGCUUUUUCCACUUCUACAAUCCAGGGUCUUUUUUUUUUUUUUUUUUUUUUUAUGGGAAAGGAAAUUAUUGUCUUCUACCAGCUGUUUGAAUCCCUGUUGUUUCUUAUUAAUGAAUCAAUAAUUAAGUAUUCUGUCACCCCCCCCCCCACACAAACACACUCUCUCAUCAGACUUUAUGAAGCAAGAGCUGUAGUUCGUACACUUUGUCCCAUUUUAAUAAUCAGAUCCAGAUUUCGUGCUGUAGUAGAUUAUUAACCAAAACCAAAAAAAACCAUCUUCUAACAAUCCUCAGUCAUUGUGCUUUCAUACGAGUUUUCACACAUUAAGUCUUAAUAAUGUGAAACUAGGUUUUCUGUAGAAAUGUGUAACUUUUCACAAACCUGAGUCCUUCACACAAACCAGUUGAAUAGUGGAAUUCAUUAGAAUUGAUGUUAUUAUACCAGUGAGCAGAAGAAAGACGUCUCCUCAAAGUAAUUUCAUAAUUUAGCUGUAAGGGCCUUUGCACAUUAGACAGGUUUAAAAUCUAAAUAUAUUUGUACAAAGAUAACUAUUCACCAAAAGAAAUAAUUAUUUGUCAAAUCCAUCAGUAAUGAAGCAACAUCCAGAACAAACAGGUUUAUAGCUGGAACUUGAACGCACCACAACAUCAGAGAUUGAUGGCUCCUUCAGAAUAAAAGCAGCAAGCAGUCUUUUUCAUGGACUUGGAAUCCAUCACAAUCAAAUCUGAUAAUUGUCACGUCAUGAAAUUCGUCAGACGUGUCAAUCACGUGUCAUUUCCUCACCUGCUUCAGACGUCAGACUUUUAAUUGGAAUCCGAAGUCACUCGGUGAAACAGAAAGUUAAUUAUCAGUUUAAACGACUUUGUUUCAGACUCAGCAUCUUAUUCCUCUCGUCUGUGAGAUUCUGUGUGUGUCUUUAACUCUUCGACCUUCACACUCCAACACAACUCGCACACGUUCACAUCGUGAAGCGACGAGUCACUGUCUCUGACCAGUGCUGCAGCCCCCCCCCCCCCCCCCCCCCCCCCGACACGUGUUUUAAAGUCACGUUGGGAUCAUUGGUGCAUUCUGGGCUGUUCAAUCAUAUGACUUCAUUUUGAAGGAUGAUUCAAAUGUGGUUCUGGUUUAAGGGUUGAAACGAGACACUGGUUUAAAUAUCAUAGUCUUUAUCUGAAAGAGAGAAAUCAAUGGAAAAGUCUCUUUUCUUGUUUUGACAACAUCUGGUUUGCUCUGAAUGAAACAUCUGGCAUUUUAUAUUACGGUAUUAAGAUUCUACAAAAUAGUUUAAUUAUUUGAUUCUCUGACCUCAGCUCCUCAUUUAGCCUUUUGCUUUGGUUUCAUGCAGCAUCACUUUCUUUAAGACAUUAUCAAUAUUAGUUUGAGACCAGCAGUUUGUUCAAUUAAACAAUCAACCUUCUCUUUUCAUUUUGGUUUGUACGAGACAUUAAAACAUAAAGUUUCUCUCCAGAGUCAGAAGUUAAAGUUCUGGAGGAUUUGCCCCAAAAUGUCGUAAUCUACUGUUUCCCUCAUCUGAUUUUAUUUCAUCUUUCUGUUGCACAUGCAAAGUAGUUUUAUGUUAAACUGUUAAAGUUUCAUUUUUGUUCUUUCUUCCCUUUGUGGUUAAUUAUUAAAAACAAAUCAUUACUAUUGCCCCUUUAAGUUAAAUAUAAUUAUGUUGUUUAAAUUGUUUAGGUUUCCAUAAUGUCAUUAGAAACAGGUUUUAUAUUCCUGUGAUAUCCAAAUACAUUUUUCCCAUCGCGAAAAUUUGUCAACAAUGUUAUUUUUUAGGAGUAAAAGAUUUUUAAUGUCGAGCGUCGGCCAGCUACACAACAUUGUGUACACGUGUACAUGUGUGUUUGUGUAGGAACGUGUUCAUUUUGUAUCUCUAAAAAAAAAGAAGAAAGAUCCGGUAUUUUUUUCUACUGACAUUGCAACUGUAAAAGUGUAUUUAGAUAUUUAACAGACUGUACGAUCUAACUGGAAUUGUAUGAUAUUUUUUCUGGACAUUGUAAAAUAAAAGGUUUCUAUAUUUGGAUGAAAA